AUGGCGAUACGUACUGUUACAGCUGGCAUCAGAGGAAGACCGUUCUCAACAUGCCUCUACUGCCCAACUGGACCUGAAGAACGACCGGCCGAACUGACCGAGCUGGUCCAGACGUACAAACAGGAAGUGACAGAGGCGGCGUGCGAGCUGAUCUGCGAUUGGGCCCAGAAGAUCCUGAAGCGUUCGUUUGACACGGUGGUGGAGAUCGCCCGGUACCUGAUCCAGGCGCACAUCGUGAACCCUCGCUGCAGCCAGGCAGAGCUUGUCACCUCUGCAGCCCUCGCAGUCUCUGUGUUCCCUCCUCUCGCUAGUUUCCUCGGUUAUGUGGACAAGCUGGGCGUGGCUUAUGAGGCUCCCACCGUGGCUACAGGCUUCGGAGCGUACCUGGCUCAGCCCCUGAUGAGGGAGGUGGUGGAGAACAAAGUGGAGAUCACCAAACAGGAGGCCCGGGAGCUGGUGGAGCGCUGCCUCAAAGUGCUGUACUACAGAGACGCUCGCUCCUACAACAGGCACGAGAUCGCCAUAGUAACAGAGGAGGGCGUGGAGAUUAUUGGACCUCUGUCUUCUGAGACCAACUGGGACAUCGCUCACCUGGUCAGUGGCUUCGAAUGAAGACGAGCAGCGACAACCACCGCCGCUCACACGCAACUUAUCUUCCCUUUAGUUCCUUUUCUGCUGUUCAAUGUAACUUUUGUAUAAUGGAAAAUAAACGUCAUGUUAUAAAACA